CUCAACCCUGCCACUAUACAAAUGUUUAGUAAGGCUGUGAGAGAUAAGUUGGUGGAUCUGUGAAUAUUCCAGCAUCACCACAGCAGCACCCACAACACUUCCAGGUACAAUCAAAUGACCCGAUCCACAGUUCCGUUGUGAAGCGUUACUUGACAGGUCACAAUCCCUCAUUUACACUACAGGGCUCAUCCCGAAAAACACACAUACACACACACACACAAAAUGGGACUCACAGCAUGGGGAAGUCUUGUAAUGGUGGUGGCUGUCUUCUCUCCUCUCUGUGCUGGCGUUCCUGUUGACGCAAACUGCAGCGCGGAGGGUUUGUCCAUCGCAGGUGGUAAUUACACGCUCUCAGAUGGCUUGAAUGAGGGAAGCGUGCUGAUCUACACCUGUUCGGAAGGUUAUUACCCCUUCCCCGCCAUGACCCGGCGCUGUCACAGGAGGGGAAGGUGGAAUCCUGCGCCCAAUAUUAGACAGCCUGAGGAAUGCAAGCGAGUCACAUGUCCAGACCCCUCGGUUUUUGAAAAUGGGGAAGUCCUGCCAAAUCAAAUGAUAUACUACGUCACCAACCAGACCACCUAUAAAUGUCUCGAUGGCUACAAGCAGUGGGGAUCUACAACCCGUGUGUGCCAAAUAAACGGCAAGUGGAAUGGAUCCACACCCAUCUGUGACAGAGGCUCCGGUCACUGUCCUGACCCCGGUGUCCCACCGGGUGCCCGGAGAACAGGGGUUCAUUUUGGAAUUGAUGACAAGGUGACCUAUCGCUGUGACCAGGGUCUGACUCUGGUGGGCUCCAAGGAGCGUGUGUGCCAGGAGAGCGGGGAGUGGACUGGGGUUGCGCCGGCCUGCUACGCUAAAUUUACGUACGACACUCUGGAGGAGGUCACGGCAUCCUUUGCCGCCUCUCUCAGAAACAGUCUGACGUCAGGGGACGAUGACUCCCAGCAUGGGAAGAAAAUUCGACUGAACAAAGCAGGGAACCUCCAUAUCUACAUUGCUCUGGACUACUCUGACAGCAUUAAGCCGGAGGACUUUGAAUGGUCCAAAAAAUGCGCGAAGAAGCUUAUAGAAAGGAUUGAUUUUUUUGAUGUCACCCCCAAGUAUGAAAUCCUGGCCUUUGCCGCAGAGGCGAACGAGAUUAUAAACAUAGCUCAACCUAAUUAUGAAGAAAUCGACAUUCUGACCGAACUGACCGAAUUUAAGUACGAAGGUAAAGAAGACAAAUCAGGGACCAGCAUUGCUGGAGCGUUUGCGUUUAUCUAUGAGAAGAUGAGUUUCAUGCAGGCCCAAAAUAGAGACGAAUUCAAGGACAUCCAGCACGUCAUCAUAAUGUUCACGGAUGGAAUUGCCAAUAUGGGUGGGAGUGCAGAGCCCAAAGUAACAAAAAUCAAGUCCUUGGUGAAUGUUGCAGAAAAUCGAGAGGACUUUCUGGAUAUUUAUGUGUUUGCUAUUGGCACUGAUGUUAACGAGGCAGAGAUCGACAAGCUUGUGUCAAAGAAGGCCCCUGAAACACAUUUCUUUAGAAUGAAGGACAAAGAAUCAAUGGAGGAGAUGCUUGAUAAAAUGAUCGAUGAAAGUGAGAGUGUGGGCAUUUGUGGAGUGUACAGGGAUUAUGACCAGGGCACUCCGAUUACCAGGCGCUGGAGACACCCCUGGUUCGCAAAGAUAGAAGUCACGCGAGAAGAUAAAUCAGGGUCCUGCCAGGGAUCUCUGGUUAGUCCUCGGUUUGUCCUGACAGCUGCCCACUGCUUCAGAUUUGAGGACAAAUUUGAAUUGGUCAAGGUCAAAAUUGAAGAUGGCAAUGCAGGGAGCUCAGUCAAGGACAUAAAAAGGUUCAUACUUCACCCAGAUUACAACAGCAUGGCGAAGAAGGAUCAAGGAAUAAAGGAGUUUUAUGACUAUGAUGUCGCUCUCAUCGAACUGAAGGAAGACGUGGACAUAUCAGUGCGAGCCAGGCCAAUGUGUAUUCCCUGUACAGAGGAAACUAAUCGUGCCCUGAAGCUAAAUGAUAAGGCAACAUGUAGACAACAUGAGGACGAGCUGUUGAAGAAGGAUAUUGAACCAGCCCAAUUCAUGGAUUCUGAUGUAUUAGUACGGAAAAAUGUCACCAUCAAGCUUGGAAAGAACAGGCACAAUUGUAUUAAAGAUAUUAAGGAGGUCGUGAAUGUGGAUGACCCCACGAAAAUGGUUACUGAAAACUUCUUGUGUACGGGGGGGAUCGAAGGUACAACAGAUCAUGUCGCCUGCAAAGGUGACUCUGGUGGAGCUCUAUUUCUGCAGCGACGGAGACGACUCAUCCAAGUCGGAGUAGUCAGCUUCGGGGUCAAGAAUUUGUGUUCAAACGGUGAUAACCUUCCGAAUUCAGAAGCCAAGUCGAGAGAUUUCCAUAUCAAUCUCUUUAAAGUUCUACCCUUCCUCAAGAUGUACCUGGCUGAUGGAUCCCAAUCCUAUGCUCCCAUUAAGUUUAUUGCCUGAGAGGUUUUAAAAUCUGAUAAGUACACAGUAAAAUGUCCAGUGGUAAUUCAACUCGAGAGAACACACAAGUUCAACAAAAUGCACUCUGUAACACUGAACAUUUUACUGCAUAUUUGCCUGUUGAGUAAAUAUGAAAUAAUGAUUCUGUAUAUUCCAGCUGCAACAAAGAACAUUUGGUAGGUGUUCGAACUAAAUAACUCUCAUGAGAAAGCUUUGACCACUGUUUUUCUAUGUUUCAGAUUAAAUUUGCUCCCUCUGUCCAACAAUAUGGUUUCACUGUAUUUUAAAUGUAUUGCCUAAAAGCAAUGCCCUCAAAAUAACAGAUAACUGAGAUGACCUGCAGGCAUAUUGUAGAAAGAAAGAACGACAACAGCAGAACCGUUGUCAUUCAAACUGUAAACGUGCUAUAUAUUUUUCAAAUCAAGAUAGAUUUAUUUUGUCCCCAUAAUAGGUCUUUUAAUGUGUUGACAGGAACAUUAAAAAAAACUAAAAAUGAACAUACAUACAAAUGCUCAGAAAAGGUAUUUGUCACAUUGAAGCUCUUUGCUGCAUCCCCCAAGGACACAGCAACAAAAAGUCUGUACAGUAUGUAACUGUGCAUGGCCACUGCAUGCAAGAACAUUUCAAAAGCUAACAGAAAGCGUGUUGUCUGACAAUACUAGAUAAGACCUUCAGAAUUGUAGAAAAUCAUUUGCUAUGGUAAUGUACAUUUUUCUCUGAGAGAUGUACUGUAGCUGUGCAUGGCCCAAAUACUCACGGACACAGAAGAGAAGUACAGGAAACACCCACACCACUGGUUUUAGUUAUUACAUUUUUCUCUGUUUUUUGCGUUCAUGCAUAGAGUCAUGUUCUCUGAGCCAUAAUGAGAAUUAUAGGGUUACAAGUUACAUUUUUGCCGAAAAUCAGUUCUAUACAAAUAAAUGCUGUAUUUAUCAUUCUUUUGCAUUUGUGUGGUGUGAAUAAAUCUAAAAAGUUCAAA